AAGCUCCUCCUGUUUGUUUUGAUUCCACUCAGAGAAGAAAGUCUGGACGGACAACUAUGUCCUCAUAGGACCUAAAAUGAACAACUACGACCGCACCGACGUCGUCUUCGUCAUAGAGAAGAGCAUCAGCCUGAAGAGGUACCUCCCCGAGCUCCUCGAGGCUUACAUAAGCCCCACGAUAUCAUGUUUUGGUGGGGGUUUGUCAGAAGACUCAGAUGUGUUUUUUAAUCAGAGCAGUCUUGUGCAGUAUGGAGGGGUGUUCUACGGAACUGAGCUAUCCCUGCUGGGAUCCUGGGGACAGGUAGAAUCAUUUGGUCCCACGUGCUCGGAGAGAGAGAUCUUCAGUGCGAUUAACAAUGCGCGCUACACUUGCAAGAAUUUGACGCGCCAGGCCUUCAUCCUAGAGGGACUUCAAGCUGCCGUUAACUUAUUCGAGAAGAUGAAGCUCCAUUCGCCGAUGAGCGAGAACAUCCAGCGUUGUUGUAUUCUCAUCACACAGAGUACUCCUAUGAGCAACCCUUGGUCUCCAGUCAGUGCAGAGAAAGUGCUCCUUGAAUUCAAGCGGAUAGGGAUCCAGUUGUCUAUAAUAUCAGCACACAAGUUGGUAGAACUCUACCGUCUGUUUGACGCUGCCGGGGGAGAUUACCAGGCGAAUCCAGCAAAGAAUUAUGCCAGUAAACCACAGCACCUUGUCCUUCUCAACGGUGUCACAUCUCUUACGCCUAUCGCCCCUUAUAGUUUGCAGGAAAGAGCGCUGAGCCCUUCACUGAUAACCACGUAUGUUCCGGGGACAAAUGGCGCAACUCCUCCCACAACCAUGAGCACGGCCCCUGCUGCGGUAACAGUCCCCCCCACGGCAGGUCCUGGACCUUCCCCAGGAACAGUUCCCGGGACAACCACACCUUCCCCAAGAACAGCUGCUGAGUCGCCAGUGCCUCAGCCAGUAGGUAUGGUACGUUCCCAGGUUCCGAUGGUUAGUCAGCCACAGAAUGCAACUCCAAUUAAUCCCAAUCCACAACCACCAGUUGGGAGGCUAAGGACCCCAACUGUUAUAGGCCCAAACAGACCUCGUUGGCCCGUAGACACUGUAGUCCCAGCAAAUCCUGGUGGGGCUCCCACGUGGCCGGGCGGCUCCAAUGGGCGGCCAGUCAUGAUCGUCAACCCAAAUCAGCCGGGUCUGAAUCAGCCGGGUCUGAUCCAGGACGGCCUCAUUGGGAAAGUUCAACAGCCGGGUAUUCCAAAUGUGGAUAUCUCCACAAACCUGCCCUCUAUCCAGCAACAGCAGCCCAUGCCCGGUCCAAGCGUACCUGGAGCUCAAACCCCUGCGCAGGGAAUGAACAUGACGAACCAGCGAACGGUAGUCUGGCAGGGGACGCUCGAGUGGCAGGAGAAAAAGAACGAUAACAACAGCAGAGUGGUUCACCAGGUCACGUGCAAAAUGACGUCGCUGAAUGUGAACGGAGAACCGGAGGUGAAAGCUGAGGGCUGGCCUCCUACGCUGAUCAUGCAGAUGAUCCCAAAGAACAUUCUAGGUUCGAUUGGUAACAUGUUCUUCAAAAAUGUCAAAACUGUAAUGUUCAUGCCCGAUCAGAGUCCUGCGUUGGAUGUUCUGACAGCAUUCUUAAUCAAAGGGAUGGCUGGUUGCGUACACGUAUCCCACACUGGCACCACGCAGCAGAACGAUGUGAAAGUUAUCAUUCUACUCUUCUCGGGCGAGAAGAAAGCCUACGUUGGGUUCAUCCCAGUUGACCAGCUGUCUUUCGUUAAUAAGAUAAAGACUGUCAUACAGUCAGCGAGAAGGGGCCAGCAGCCGAAUGCCAUGAUGCCUACCGCCACAGGCGCCAACGUGACUCAGCCUGUCCAAUCGCUUCCUGGCAUGAUAGUGCCAAGCAACCCUAAUAUGCAGCCAAUACAGACGAACGCAGGCACUGGCAUGAACGUCAUGUCUACGCAGCCCCAGAGCAUGAUAAUACAGCAGAAUCCACAGCUUACGCAAGCACUGAACCAACCCUUAAAUCAAGGAAUUGGAGGGGGCCAGCAGAUGCCACCACUGACCGUGACGCAGGGUAUGGGUCAGCCCGGUCAAGGAAAUGUUAAUGUGCCUCUUGGAAAUCCCGGCCAGAAUGUCUUACAACCGAGAACUCCUCUUGGCAUGCAGCAACAACAGACGGACCAGGAAAAAAUGCAGAUUCUCCAAAUUCGCCAGAGCCAGCAGCAACACACCCAAGCAAUACGUCAACAACUUCAGCAACAGCUCCAGCACAAGCCGGGAAUUACCAACGUGAGCAUGAACAUCGGUCAGCAAGGGACUGGUGCAAACACCUGCCCUACCAUGGGGCAGCCACGUAUGCUACAGCCAUCAAUGCAGAAUCCUGGACUGCGACAGCUCCUUCAGCAGCAAGUGAGACUUCAGCAGCAGCAGCAGCAAGUGCAGCAUCAGCAGCAGCACCCACAGCAGCAACAGAUUCUGAUGAUGCAGCAACAAGGAAUACGUCCCCAGCUCACACAGCAGGGCCAACAAGUGUUGGGUCAGCCCCUAAACCAGCAGAACAUGGGGCAACCAACGAUGGGUCAGCAAAACCUGGGUCAGCAAGCCAUGAACCCGCAAGGCAUCGGUCAAUCUAUCCAAGACAGUACCGACUACAUGGUUGAUUUGCUCUGAAAAGGUCGCUGAAGUUGGAUCUGUGUGGUAGUGGACUGACCCAGGUGGUGGCUGUGGCACUUUAGGCGGACCUGUUCUCUCCGAUAACUCUUUGGUAAUGCCCUUCAUGGAGUAACCGUGUAAAAAGGGUUUCAGUUGCACCAGUUUAGCAUUGGCAGAUGAGACCUCGAAGGUCAUUCUGUGGAAAUACUUUGGUUACUAUCAAGUAUUGGUUGUUGAAAUGAAUUAAGACAUCAAUGAAUAGUUACAGUGAUACUGCAACUAUGUAUUUAAGCUUACCUUUCAUUUUCAAGACUUAUUUUCCUAUACUGGAGGUGCUAUGCCUUCAAGCAUUCAAAAUUGAUUUACAGGAGAUUGCUGAAGUUGUGAGGAAGAAGGAAUCACAGCCUUAAAGGCCUUUCAUGAUGCUGCAAGAGAAGGUUGUGUUCACUGUCAAUCACUGUCAUCCUUGCUGCUUAGAGUCAACAACAUGCAAUAUUUGAACUUGAAGUCGUGGUGCCUGGGAUCAGUAUUAUUUUGGGGGGAUAGGUGUAAAAUUAGUACGGCACAUAGGAAUGUAGCGUAAUUUGUUUUCUUACGGUGAAGAUAGAUACGUAAGGGCGUUAAAACGUGGAUGACAAAAUCUGUACAAACGUAGGUAGGGUUGCUUGGCAUGGACUGAGUUUCCAGUAAGAUCUGUUGGUAGAUUAUUUGUGUAGGGUUAUCAGCAUGAAACAGGUUUCAUCGGCAAAACCCAACAGGUAGCAAAUGUAAGGGUUUUUGCCGCUUACUAAAACGCCAAAGAAUACGUGGAAUAAAAGUGGAGGUAUUAAAUUUAAAUGAGAAUGCUAUGUGACAGGAAUUUCAUCCUUGCAUGAAACUGUUUCUCAUUUAGUUGUGACGUGAAAUUCAAACCGUUAUCUGACUUCGAAAUAAUCUGGCUGUAGAAAACAGCAUCCGCCGGAGUGUUCCCAUGUGAAGGAGUUCCCAAACACAAUCUGGUCUGAUGCUGUGUUUUACUGUAUAAACCUUAUAUAACGAAAGGACCAUUUACUGGUAGUACUACAUUUUUGUAUUGCUAAUAUUUAAUAUUUGGUUUAAGUAUAAAGACCAGAUAAUGUAUUGCUGUUUUAAAAAGGUUCUACUACAUAUAUUUAAGCUAUUUUCUGUGACAUUUUUUUUCCAAGGUAUCGUAGAAAGAUAUUUGUGAAAUUUUGUUAUAAAAAAUCAAAGAUUA